CCCCAUUUUGUUGUACAUAGUCAAACACUGGCCACCGGACUGUUCCAUUUUGUUGAGCUGUUCAAUAGACCACAUCGAACCAUGGAUGACAUCGAGGACAUGAUCGGCGAGGAGGAGCUGGACCGUGCAGCCGUGAGCUCCGUGCGCACACCCAUGGUGGCACCUAAGCCUCGCUUCCAAGACACCACCAAACCGUCGGCGGCCAGCAGCACAGCCAGCAGCAGCUCGGAUCUUGACACCACGGAGCCCAGUGUUCCUGGCACGCAGCUCAUCUGGAUCAAGACGUACGGCUGCUCUCACAACGUGAGCGACUCGGAGUAUAUGCAGGGCGCUUUGGCCAGCUACGGCUACCGCUUCACUCAGGACCCGGACGCGGCGCAGCUCUGGUUGCUCAACAGCUGCACUGUCAAAGACCCAUCCCAAGCUGCCUUCAUGCACCUGGCCGUCAAGGGCCGUAAGCAGAACAAGGCUGUGGUCGUGGCCGGCUGCGUGCCACAGGCUGAUCGCCACCUCAAGGGCCUCGAGGAAGUCAGCAUCGUGGGUAUCCAGCAAGUAGAUCGAGUCGUGGAGGUCGUGGAGGAGACUUUAAAGGGCCACACAGUGCGUCUACUGGCCAAGAACCGCCUGCCGGAGCUUGAUCUGCCCAAGAUUCGCAAGAAUCCCAUGGUGGAGAUCAUCCCACUGAGUACAGGCUGUCUUGGUGCCUGCACAUACUGCAAGACACGUCAUGCUCGAGGCAAAUUGGGAAGUUACACGCCUGAAGCGAUCGUUUCCAGAGCGCAGACGGUGAUUAACGAAGGCGUGACGGAGAUCUGGCUGUCAAGUGAAGACACUGGAGCUUACGGCAUUGACAUCGGCACCGAUCUGCCUACACUUAUGCGUAAGUUGCUGGUAGUUGUGCCCGACGGCGUCAUGCUCCGUGUAGGUAUGACGAACCCUCCGUACAUCCUGGAUCACUUGGAUGCGAUCGCUGAAGUGCUAAACCAUGAUCGAGUAUACUCGUUCCUGCAUGUACCCGUCCAGUCUGGCAGUGACGAUGUGUUGCUGGCUAUGAACCGCGAGUACACGGCUGCCGAGUUCCGUCGUGUGGCUGACGAACUGCUUGCUAAAGUGCCGAAUCUUACGCUCGCAACAGACAUCAUCUGCGGUUUCCCAACCGAAACCGAGGAGCAUUUUGAUGAGACGAUGGAGCUGGUGGAGAAGUACCGCUUCCACAUCAUGAAUAUUUCCCAGUUCUACCCUCGUCCGGGAACUCCUGCGGCCAAGAUGAAACGUGUCCCCACUCAGGUAGUCAAGAACCGCAGUCGCAAACUCACCAAACUAUUUGAGACAUUCGAGCCGUACACGCACCUUGUGGGCACUACACAGAAAGUAUGGGUGAACACGGAAGUCUCGGACGACAAGAAGUACACGGUUGCACACACCAAGAACUAUACAAAGGUGCUCCUCCCUCGUGAUGACUCCCUCAUCGGGUGCACGGCGGAGGUACGCGUCCUCACCGCGGCACGAUUCCACGUUACGGGCGAAGUGAUCUCACGUUCCCAGCCCUGUACUGUGGCAGCGGCUGCUAUUCGCGAGCAGAUCCGCACUGAAGGUGAGCUGUCAGCUGCGGAUCGUGCCAAGGCUUUAUCAAAGGUAAAGUCGGCAGCGUCAUGCAAUGGUGGCGACCAUGAUGAAGGAGACGACGAUAACCACGAUGAAGGAGGAUGCUGUGGUGGCAAUGGAUCGUGCUGUUCUUCUGGUGGUGGUGGGAACUGUGGUGGCAAGUGCGGUACAAAGAAGAAGAAAAUGAUAGCCAAGGAGUCUUCACGAAAGAAGAAACAUGCUGAUGCUGACGGAAAUGGCAUGGUUUCAAUUAUCACGACUGCUCUGGCGGCGAAGUGGAACGAAGUGAGUGACGAUAAGGUGAAACUCGUGGCACUUACCACCCUCGUGGUGUCUGCAUCUUUCGUCGCUGCUCGCUUGCUCACACGCAAGUGAUUCAAAUUGGUCGGGUCUACACUUCACAUCCGCGUUAGUAGAUGUUAGAGCCCAUUGUCAUUGGUAUCGUUAGUGUUAUGAAUCUAACAUGCUUUUUGAGCCUAUGCAUAUAAAAUACUUCGUUCUGUGC